AUGAGCGACAAUGCUGAAGAACGUCAAACAGUGCACAAUGAGCCUGUGUUACUGAGGCAAUCGUCCAUUGCCCUUCUUCCACAAGUCUCGCAGACCCCUGGUGCCCUGGUGGCCAAUCCGACGACUGCGGUGACUUUGGAAAACAUGGAUCAGCCGGAGAUUACCAUUGAAGACAACGAAGGACCCCCAUCUUCCAGCCCAGGGUUGAGGCCUAUUCGGCUGGGUGUGCCAUCAAUUGCUGAAGAGGAAACCCUCGAGCAUCUGCAAAGUGAAACCGAAGAGGUUGCUUCGAGUGACAAUGAGGAGAGUGAAACAAACCACUUAACGGAGCUAUUGCAGAACCUCAUGGCACACGAUAGUGGUAAGUCCCGUAACCUAGGGACGUCGUCACUUCAGCCGUCAAACAUUGUUUGUGACGCAGAAGGUGACAUGGAUGAGGACUUUAUCAAAUCAAGAUUCAUCCCAGACAAGCUGGACUCGUCUGAGGUCUUUCACCACAAAUUGAAGCAAUUUUUUGUCUUGUCCUCAGCAGGUAAGCCCAUUUACUCGCUCAAUGGCUCUGACGAUACUGUUAUGGGCUAUAUGGGACUUAUUACUACGAUCGUUUCAGCGUAUCAGGAAAAUAUGAAGACUGAGUUUAGUCAUAUAACCCAGAACGGCUUUCGACUUGUUGUACAAAAUAAGAGCCCCCUAAUACUCGUAUUGAUAUCGAAGGUGGCCUAUGAAACUGGUUUUUCCAGCGGUCAUUCGAAGUCUACCCUAGAAAGACAAUUACAGUCAAUCCAUACUUACCUCGUCUCGGUUUUAUCAGCUCCAGUUAUAUCGAGAAGUUACGAAAGAAGAAUGAAUUAUGACCUCCGAAAAAUCUUAUCCAACCAGGAUAUCGCCUUUCUCGAUUCAAUGAGCAUGAAAAUGACGUACGGUUUUUCUGUUCAUGAUAAUGACCACUUCUACCUUGACAGUAGCUUUUAUAUCAGUCAUUUGUUGGGAUCGGCACUUAGAUGUGUGAGGACUACUCAUACCACGAGAUCGAAGAUAAGCUCCAUAUUGCUUUCUGCUAAAAAGUUGACCGUCAAGGAGACCGCCUCAGACACCACAUCCAUCAUCAGCAAAGCAUCAAUAUCGGAGACGAAGAGGCAACUAGCAGCAGAUCUCCUUUUUGGAUUCGUGAGUGUGAAAGAAAAACUUUUAAAUUACGUUCGCCCAUCACAGCAUGAGCUUCUGAAUGAGGACAUUAAUAUGCUUUUGGCCAUCAUAUCCUUUCAUUACGGGCCCGCAGAUCACCAAGAUUCAGCAGACUUGUGGAUUCCGUUGUGCAUGCCUAACUUCAAUAACUCGGGGUUCUUGUACGUCUAUGUGAGGAGAUUCAAUCUCAACGGAUACGACGAACCUUUGUCUUUGAUACUUUUGGCAGCAAAUAAGAACAGCUUUUUCGAUUUGAAGCAGGUGGGUCUGUACAUCAUACAAAGGAUAAUGGAUAACAAGCAUCUUAAAAGCGCAUUAAGGUCAGAGCUCAUCUCAAUGGGCGAUACUACGAAAGUUAUAAAGGAAUUACAUUGUCCUUUUAUCAAGCACUUCAUUUACAGACGCAAGGAUGAGAAUCAAUACCUUAUGGAUGACAUCAAUUUUUCGACUACGGGAGAGGACAAAUUCGACAAUUUGGCCAGCUUUCUUCAGAUUCUUUAUUUCUAUACCACUUUGCACAACACCAAGAGCACCACUAUGAAGCAGGGAGAUGGGACCGCCAAAAAGCUCACGUAUACGAGGUGGCAGAGGAAAGACGGAUGGAUCACGGGAUUCUUAUUGUCAAACAAGGUCUACGAUUUUUAUUGCCUUUGCGGCGGCUCGGUUCAAGCCCAUGACAUUAUAGAGCAGAGUCUCCGAAUCAUCAAAUGGGUCGAAAAGUACAAAAAGAGGCACUUCAUUGGGAAAGGAAUCACGUUUUAG